AUGACUCAUUACGACCAUAGAGAACGUGAUAGAUACGACCGCCGAGACGGUUACGACCGCCGAUACGGCUACGACCGCCGAGACGGCUACGACCGCCGAGACGGUUACGACCGCCGAGACGGUUACGACCGCCGAGACGGUUACGACCGCCGAUACGGUUACGACCGCCGAUACGGUUACGAGGAACGCGAGCAGCAGAGGAGGCGCGAGGAACGCGAGCAGCAGAGGAGGCGCGAGGAACGCGAGCAGAGAAGACGCGAGGAACGCGAGCAGAGAAGACGCGAGGAACGCGAGCAGAGAAGACGCGAGGAACGCGAGCAGCAGAGGAGGCGCGAGGAACGCGAGCAGAGGAGGCGCGAGGAACGCGAGCAGAGAAGACGCGAGGAACGCGAGCAGAGAAGACGCGAGGAACGCGAAAAACGCAAGCAGCAGUGGGAACUCGAGGACCGGGAAGACGAGAAGAGGCAACGCGAGAAACGCGAAAAACGCAAGCAGCAGUGGGAACUCGAGGACCGGGAAGACGAGAAGAGGCAACGCGAGAAACGCGAAAAACGAAAGCAGCAGUGGGAACUCGAGGACCGGGAAGACGAGCAGAGGCAACGCGAGAAACGCGAAAAACGAAAGCAGCGAAAACAGCAACAAGCUUUAAAUCCGAGUGGUGAAAUGCAGCAAAGGGCAGAACGCGAAUUGGAACCCCCAAACGGUCAAUCUGGAUUUCGUUGUAUUCGCACGGAUACGGAUCACGAAACUCAUCGGAUAGACCUAACGCGUUUUACCGAUCCACGCGUAAUCUUGCAAUAUAGGGAUCGCAUCGAGGAAAUAUUACAAAAUCAUCGUUUCGGACCCAUCAGUUAUCGACUAGUUUUGGUCGUAAAUAUGUCGCGAGAGGCAGUGACGACCAUACCCACCUUUCACUCGG